UUUCGCAGUAUUCAACACAUGCAACAUGUAUGUACCAGGCAUGAUUUGCUUCACUUUGGUAGUGAGCCUUCUUUUGGCUCAGACUGAAGGCAGGGCUUUCAAUAACGUUCAAUCACGUGAGAAACGACAGACGUCCGGUUGUGAUGGAGGACAAAGGUAUGACAACAGAGGCACAUUUUCCACCAACAUUGGCGGCGAGUACGGCAACAACGAGAACUGCUGCUGGGACAUCGUGCCUGACGUUCAAGGGCCAUGGACAAUCACUUUCCGCUUUGAUACGUUUGACGUGGAAAGUAGCUCUGGUUGUAGAUAUGAUGCCCUCACCUUCGACACGGACGAUGGGCCUGUGAAAGAGUGCGGAGAGAAGACGGACUUCUCAAGGACAUUCACGGUCACAGAAAGUCAGUUCCAAGUGUGUUUUAGCAGCGACGGCUCCGUCACUGGCCAAGGGGUCAGUGGAACCUACAGCAUAGACACAGUGAACGCCGACACAACAUCCUACCCUUCCUACGGCACAGCCUACCCUGACUAUGCCACAGCUUACCCAGAAUACACCACAGCCUACCCUGACUACACCACAGCCUACCCUAACUACGCCACAGCCUACCCUUAUUACGCCACAGCCUACCCUGACUAUGCCACAGCCUACUCUGACUAUGCCACAGCCUACUCUGAUGAUGCAACAGCCUACCCUGACUACGCCACAGACUACCCUGCCUAUGCUACAGCUUACCCAGAAUACACCACAGCCUACCCUGACUACAUCACAGCCUACCCUGACUACACCACAGCCUACCCUGCCUAUGCCACAUCCUACCAUGACUACACCACAGCCUACCCUAACUACGCCACAGACUACCCUUAUUACGCGCCAGCCUACCCUGAUUACGCCACAGCCUACCCUGUCUAUGCCACAGCCUACCCUGACUACGCCACAGCCUACCCUUAUUACGCCACAGCCUACCCUGACUACGCCACAGCCUACCCUGACUACGCCACAGCCUAUCCUGACUACGCCACAGCCUACCCUGAUGAUGCCACAGCCUACCCUGACUACGCCACAGCCUAUCCUGACUACGCCACAGCCUACCCUGACUACGCCACAGCCUACCCUAACUACGCCACAGCCUACCCUUAUUACGCCACAGCCUACCCUGACUACGCCACAGCCUACCCUCACUAUCCCACAGCCUACCCUGACUACGCAACAGCCUACCCUGACUACGCCACAGCCUACCAUGACUGUGCCACCGCGCACCCUGACUAUGCCACAGCCUACCCUGAGUAUCCAGACGAACCAGUCGUAACUUCAGGCAAUAUUAGCUACUAUGGCAACCAUGGCAGCAUCAGUGUCAACGCUGACGGCAACUACGAAAACAGUCAGGACGUCUGUUACUCCCUUCACCCAAGCUUCACCGGGUCGGGCAUUAUCACCUUCGUCUUCAACGUGUUUGACAUCGAGGAGGCCACCAGCUGCGUGUUUGACUACAUUGAGUUUGAUGACGUUAACACAAAACUGAGGGAGUGUGGCACUGUAGAUGCGGGGACCCAGAGAGAGUUUGAAUUCCACGACGGUCGUUUCAAUGUUUGCUUCCACUCUGAUGGAUCAGUGACAGGACGGGGUAUCCAGGCCACGUAUUCCAUGAAUCCAGUUCGAGAGGUUGAAUCUGUUGAGACAACACCAUAUCCAGUGGACAUUAUCAUUAACUCAACGAUGUCAACUAAUUUCACAGAAGCAACAACGCUACCAGUUCGAGAGGUUGAAUCUGUUGAGACAACACCAUAUCCAGUGGACAUUAUCGUUAACUCAACGAUGUCAUAUAAUUACACAGAAGCAACAACGCUAGCAGUGAAUACAACCGUGAACACUACAAGUCUCCCCGACACCGAGGACAAUACCUGCACCCAAGUCCUGACAUCAGAUGUUGGCACCCUGUCAAGCCCCGGCAAUGGCAGCUACGCCAACAACGUGCAGUGUGUCACUGUCAUCACAGGCCCCAGUGUACCAUACACCUUGGUCCUCAGCUUCACAACGUUUGACCUCGAGGACUCAUCCACCUGUAGAUACGACUACCUGGAGGUUGAUAUGGGCGAUGGCUACAGCCAGAAGGGAUGUGGAUCAAACUGGGACAACAGAACAGUGGAGUACACGUCAGAUGGAGGUAACGUCACUGUGACAUUUUCUUCUGACUCCAGUCAGACAGGAGCAGGGUACAGUGCCACCUACACCAUCCAGCCAAGAGGUGUUCCUUCCUUGAGUAAUGGCGACUGUAGAUACAUCAACACCAACGUCACGGCGGGCGUUAUCCAAAGUCUACCCGGUACCGGCAGUGACUACACCAACAACAUGGACUGCUCGUACGAGUUCACUCGCAAUACCCCUUUUUAUCUGGACAUUAAUUUCAUCGCCCUCGACACAGAGUCUUCGAGCAACUGCCGCUACGACUACGUCCAGGUUGGGGAUGAUAAAUACUGUGGUAGUGAUUUGCCCAACGCAACGAGAGUGUCGGUACAAGGUGGAGCAGCCGUCAUCCGCUUCAGAAGUGAUAGCAGUGUUACCGGAAAGGGCUUUGUGGCUUUGUUCAAUAUUGAAGAGCACUGCAACUUCGAUAGUGAAGAUCUUGAGGGCACCUAUACCUUAGCCACUGAUUCUAACGAUCAUUACAAAAACAACCAACACUGUGACAUCACUCUCCGCUCUCCUCCCACCCCUCACAUCACCACUGUCAACUUCACCCGUUUUGACAUCGAGGAAGAUACUGCUUGCCACUAUGACAGUUUAACAGUAACAAGUGAUGACGGCACCGAGAAGCUGUGUGGAGCAAAGGAGUCCUUUAUCAGACAAUACACUGGGCCGACAGUUGACAUGACAUUUACCAGUGACAGAAGUGUUGUGCGUACCGGUUUCUCCUUCAAUUAUGUCACUGAACUUGUCUACUGCAAUGCAACUAUAAACGCCACAUCCGGAACCUUUGAGUCAGAGCCUGGUGAUUACGAGAGCAACAUGUACUGCACCUACACCAUCAACACCCCCACUCCUGGUGACCUAGUCUUCACCUUCCCAUUGUUUGACGUUGAGUCAGGCAGAAGCUGCCGAUACGACGCUGUUGAGAUGGAAGGAGACAAGCUGUGUGGAACAAACAUCCAAGAGAAGACGUACAGUACUGAUGGUCAUUUCCAGUUCGUCUUCACAAGUGAUGGAUCCGUAAAUGGAGAAGGUUUCAAGAUAGACUUCACUUUCAUCCCUCACGAAAUUCAGAAUUAGAGGCAUGGGUCCUUUUCUAGGAGAUGGAAGACAUGCUCAAUAAAUCAUUUGAAUGAUAAA